GGAAGGGGAAGAGGAAGAGGUGGAGAGAUAAAAAAAAAUACAUAGACAGAAAGAGAGAGAGACAGCAGACAAUCCAAGGACUUGUGGGGUAGGAGGAAAAGUUUGCAACUUUUCCUCAACUUCCUUCUCCAGGGAGGCUGAAUAAGUUUCGGGAGGGGACCCAUGACAUGAGUUCGCUACUGCAGGACAGCAACGCCGAGGAGAAGAUUGACAAAGAGGAACAGAAUGGGAGCCUACCGAAGGAACAGUUGGAGAACCCGAGCUCUCCAGGUGUUAGGAUCGAGGAUAUGGAACUCCGGGAAGAGUGGCAGGAUGAGGAAUUUCCCAAACCUCUUCCCGAAGAUAAUGAAGCCAUGACAGAGGAUGAGCUGAAUGCCAAUACAGAUGGCAACAGACCAGUGCCGCCGAACACUCUGCAGUUGUGUGGGAACAAGCAUAAAAAGCGGCUCCUUGCACCAGCAAUCAGUUUGACCUUGGAAGGGAAUGGGGAGACAACGCGGUCCGAGGAAAGGACUCCGGAUGAACCAGAAGGGGAUUCCUCUGAUCUAAAUUUAGAUGAAUUAGAUACCCCUUCAGAUAGUGAAUCAUUUGAGUUGCCGGAGAAUGGUAAUGAGUUUGAGUGGGAAGAUGAUCUGCCCCGGGUGUAUCGUUCAUUGUCGGAUACCGAGAGUUUCCAGGGACACGUGACGGAUGAGGAGACGGAAGAUGGCAAGCUAUGGAGGGUUUUCCACAUUGGAGAACAGGAAUAUCGGGUGGACAUGGCUAUUGUAGAUCCGUAUAAGGCGGUCAUUUCUCAUGGAGGUUGCUUUGGUGAGAAUUUAACUGCAAUCAUUGUGUUUUCCUCGUGCUAUUUGCCUGAAAGCAGUCUACCUGAUUAUGAAAACGUGAUGGAAAAUCUCUUUAGGUAUGUUAUUGGAACUCUGGAAUUGCUGGUGGCUGAAAACUAUAUUAUUGUGUAUUUAAACGGUGCCACAACUCGCAAUAGAGUGCCAUCAAUCAGCUGGCUGAAACAGUGUUACCAGACCAUUGACCGGAGGUUAAGGAAAAACUUGAAAUCUCUGAUUGUCGUGCAUCCAUCGUGGUUCAUUAAGGUGAUAUUAGCUAUUACCCGGCCUUUUAUAAGUUCAAAGUUCAGUAGGAAAGUUCGGUUUGUAAGUAGUCUUCAGGAACUCUCACAGUUGAUUCCCAUGCAACAUGUACAUAUUCCAGAAUGCAUUAAAGAGCUGGAUGCAGAGUUAAAUGGAAAUUCAGAAAGCUCCUAGAAGUCUUAUUAUUUUCGUGAGUGUGGGGAAUUCUGCUAAAUUGCUUUCUAUCUAAUGUGGAAGAGACAUUCUCUGAGUGGCCAACACAAAUUGACCAUGGUGCAGAUAAUAUAAGAACAGCAGAGAGAUGUUCAAGACCAGUGUUGCAGAAUCUAUUCUACUUCGAAAUAAAUUUCCCUCCAAUACACUCAACAGCAGACUUUUAAAAGAAAAAAUUCUGAACGGACGCUCGAUAGCUUAAUGACUCAACCAUACAGGACUGGGGAUGACGGGUUCAAUUCCCAGUGCAUGCUGAGUUUGUUUGAUCCAUUAAGUUUUGGGGGAGGGCCAAGGGGGUGCUUAGGAGAAUAAAAAACUGACCUAGGUUUCUAUUUGCAAUCACCAGCUUGAGAUUUCCAUUAAGAGUUUGUUUGCAGAAUGUGGAUAAAGAGGGAAUUAAGCUCCUGCAAUGGCACUCAUGUUGCAAAUCUGUGCACAAUGGGUCACUAGGAAUGGUAAUAAUGUUGGGGGAAAGCAACAAUUGGAAUGUGUAGAGCAGGGAAUUAGGGUCCAGGAGAGAGAGUUUUAUCAGCAACCUUUGGUGUCCCCUCUCUGCUGUUUCCCAAUUGUUGACUGAGUGGACAAUGGUGGCAGGUGGUGUGAAUCAGCCUUGACAUUACCAGGGAAUGUUAUCAAAGCCAAGGCUUCAUUUACAAAUGGUAUUGGGAUCAAUGUAUGGGAUGUGCUUUGGGGAUGACGGGGACAGAGUAUGAUGGACGGAGUGUGGAGGGCUUUUUAUUUUUGCUGUACUAACUUAAGAAGGGUGAGUGCCCUUCCUCUGUGUUUGUUUCACGGUCUUGCAAGCGGUUUUAUGGCGUGGGGGGGGGGCCAAGGGGAAAACAAUCUAAUUUGAACUAAAACCAGAUGGUUGCGAGUUCAAGAUCUGUUAACUCCAUUAAUGUUUCGCUGAAUUGGAAACUUGUACAUUGGAGGAGGGAGAGGGUUUACAUUAAGCCUGUUCCCAAGUCAAGGUUUCAUGCAAUGUGGUUUUUUUUCUAAUUAAAAAAAUAGUAACUUAAAUUGAUAUCCGAAAUAAUAUAUGUUUUACAUUUUUAUUGUGAGAAUUUGUUUCCCUUUCUUUUCGGGUUUGAACCACUAAUCAUUAUAAUUUUAAUAGGAACUUCAGUUUUGAGACUCAAUGGCCUAAUGCUUAACACAGCACUAUUACCCAAUCAACCAGGGCCAGGGAUCUCAGUGUGAGCUAUCUGUUAGCUUAUAGCAGAGGGUUCAUCAGGCCAGUAGAAGGGAAGUAUUUUCUUAAUAUCAAGCAAGUACUGCAGAUGCUGGUGAUAUAAAACAAAAAGAAAAUGCUAGAGAAAUGCAACAGGUCUGGUGGCGUCUGUGGAAAAAGAAACAAAGUUAAUGUUUCAAGUAGUAGGAGAAGGGGCUGGGAAACAAUGGUACUUAUGCUAUCAACAAAGGAUGAUGAGCAGUUGGAACAGAUGAUGGGAAUGUGCAGAGCAAAAGGCAAAGGGACUGCUCAUGAUAAUGGAGGAGUGAUAUAGAUGAAGAAUAGGUGUUCAAAGCAGAAAAUGGGUUAGGUCUGCUGAGAACAAACCCAUCCAAACAAGACACUUGGGAUGGGUGAAGGAUGUAAUUGAAAUGGAGAACCAUCUUCGAGUUCCAAAGUUGUUAACUUCAGAUUAUGAAACAGCAUAAUGAAUAAUUAGCAGAUUUGCAUAAAUGCCAUCAUUUUCCAGCACCACCAGUUCUGAUAAAGACAGCUUUCGGACGCAAAACUGUUUUUCUGUCCCCAAACUGCUGCCCAAUCUGUUGAAUUUCUUCAGUUUGUCUUUAUUUAGGAAAUAUUCUGUCCCUGGGUAGAAGCAGAGAGAGAAGACUUGGCAUUGUUAACUCAUUCCAGAAGGUUUCAUUACCAUUUGCUGACUGUGGCAAUAGCAUUAACAGAAACUGCAGAGAAUCCGAGCCCUAUCUUGGCCCAACCCCCAAAUCUUCAUUAAAAGAGCUCCCGACAAGAUAGUAGGCCUGGGGAGAAAAAAGAGCCAUUUAUAUUUUUUAUAUAUAUAAUAUAUAUUUUUAGAAAGUCUGGAGAAUGUUUUAUGUUGAGUAAUUCCCCAUUGUCAUUUUUUUAAAAAGUUCUUGUUUGUUUUUUAAUUUUGAAAAUGGCACCCAAGUCUUGCAGGAAAAAAUGAAAAUGAUGGGGAAGAGACCUCCUGAUCCAAUUAGCCUGUCUCACAUAAAUUCUGAGUUCUUAGACAUCCACUUCCCCAUCCUGAGUCUCAUGCCCUUGAGGGGGCAAGGGGUACGGCAGAUGGGGGAUGCAACCUGGAAGAUACCUUUUUGACCGUGUUAGGUCAUUAAUAUAUUUUCAGGACACUAUUCCAGUGCCUAGUAGCCUCCUGGGCCAACCUGAUGAUUGCUGUUACCACGGGCUUCAUUAAAGUCCAGUGUCCAGAGCUGCCAAAGACCCAAGAAAAGCCAAUAAAUGGACCUAAAAAGAUAGUCUCUCCUUUUAAGCAGACAGCAGGAGAUUAUCUUGAGUGAGAAAUUCUCUCUCAGCUUUUAGUACUCAAUUUAUCUGUACGUAUACGCAUUUCCUGGGAGUAGUUCUUCCUUCACUACCAGCAAGUAUAUUUAAGAACAUUAAAGUAUGUUGUGCUUUUCUUUUCA